AUGAGCGAGAGACGAGCGAUUAGCCUUCCCGCCUGCUUAGAGGACCUGCCACUCCCAGAGCCUGCAUCAGAAGAUGAUGUUUUCGAAGAGCAGGCUCUGCGGAGCUGGGCUCGGCAAGAAGAGCAGGAAGAGCAGGAAGGAGCAAGACUAUCCGUCAUUGAGGAAGAAUCAGCCUCAGGAGUACAUGUACUUCGAACAGAUUCGCAGAAUCUCACGAUUCUCUCUUCAUCGUCAGACUGUUCUUUCGUCUCGUUCGAUCAAACUGCUGACGAAGAUGACUUGGUUGUAGGAAAACGCUUGGAUCCAAUCGAAGAGAACCAAGGCGACAAAAAAAACGAGGAGAACUCCAGCGAUCCCGUCAUCACCUCCUCCGCCGAAGCCGAAGCGAAAGAAAGCUCCGAUGCAGCUCUUGUGCAAGCCUAA